CUGCGGUCGGUCGAUGGAGCGUUGCCGAAGGGCAGCGAUACGCAGACCAUUGGAGGCAGUUCAGAAAGCAGCGAAACGCUCUACCCGCAGCCGGUGGAUGGCGGAUAUGGCUGGAUGAUCGUGUUCGCUGCUUUCCUCGUGCAUUUGAUCGCCGAUGGCAUUUCAUUCAGCUUUGGAAUCCUCUACACGGAGAUCCAGCAGUUCUACGGCACGGGCAAGGGCGAAAGUGCCAUCGUCGGGUCUAUCUUCAUGGCCCUGCCGUUGCUGGCCGGACCGCUCGCCAGUGCUAUGAUCGACCGUUACGACUGCCGCCGGGUGACGAUAUUCGGGGGGCAACUUAGUGCCAUUGGCUUCCUGCUCAGUUGGUUUGCGCCUAACAUCGCCACUCUGUCACUGACUUUCGGCAUCAUGUCCGGCUUGGGUCUCAGUUUUUGUUUUACGGCGGCGAUCGUGUCUGUGACUUAUUAUUUCGAGAAGAAACGCGGACUGGCCACAGGUCUGGCUGUAUGUGGCAGUGGACUUGGUACUUUUACGUUCGCACCGCUUAUUGACUUUUUAUUGGAGAAGUACCUGUGGCAAGGAACCCUAAUAAUUUUGGCAGGCAUUCUGCUGCACCUUAUGGUGUGCGGCGCGUUGAUGCGUGAACUCGAGUGGCCUGAAGACACGUUCGAGUACAAGAAAACUAAAUUCCUCCGUUCGCUCGAUGCCGUCAGUCACAUCGUGCAUGGUAGUAGCGCCACGAACGUUAAACAGCCUACGGAGUCUAGUCCUUUCACU